AUGUCUUGUCGUUUCAUACGCAUGUGGUCAGCUAAAUGUACACGUAUUUGUCGGUACGCGGGAAGGUGCGCUGUGACCAGUCAAGUGAAUUCCGUCCUCCGAAACGCAGCUGGGCUCUUAUAUUUGCGGACAGAGAAUACCUUCACUCGACGACGACGAAGACGGUUCCAGAGGAUGAAGCUGCAACUGGAUGAGCUGCUUUCAUGUAUACCCCUUUUGCUCUCUUAUCCCACGGUGCUUCUGUCGAGUAACCUGAUCGUGGCUACUGACGGGUACAGUACAGAUGAUUUUGGACUUCCCAUGCGGGCGUUACGGGCCAUUGUGGUUCCGUUGUUCUGUGCUUCUGCAGUAGCAGCUGUGGGCGGUAGUGUGAAAGCCGUAUCCAACCCAUUGAUUUUGUUUUGUCUGGCGUAUGUCGGCUUUGCGUUGAACGCUGCCUUAGGUCAUACGCAAACGGCAGUACUGUCAGCGUUGCUUUUGCAGCUACUUUCUGGACAUGGUAGUCCACUUAUCUACUACGCUGUGUUCACAGUACUCAGCCUAGCGAUAAACUACGUCGAACAUCAGCCAUACUACCCCACCUUAAUGGCGUACAGUGCUAUUUACUCAAUCGCGCUGUUUCAAGCCAGGAACAACAAAUUUUUCAAAAAUAUGUGGAUCAGGCAUGUCUCUUUCUACAAGUUUCUUGCUCUGACGAUAAUUUCAGGCAUUUUGAUCUACGCAUGGGCGGCUCACCCUUUCGGCUUAUUUCCCUGGACACAGGAAGAGGGAUUUUCUGUGCAAUAUUCUAUGCUCUUUGUAUUUUUUGGGUGCUUGAUCCUUCUUUUCAUCAGUUGGAGGGACCUUUCUGAUGACACAGCAUCGCAGGACUUUUCUCGUGUUUGGAGAUCCCGCUACGUUCCUCCCAUAGUGGGAUUUAUGUCGAUUGCAUUGCAGUAUUUGUCAUUUAAUGCGAUUUCAACAACGCGACUAGGUGACUUCUUGACAUUUACGUUUGUCAUUUUGAGCGGCUUUUCCUUUAGGUUUUGUGAGCUUGGUCACGACCAUGAUCAUGAUCACUCUCAUGAACACAAGCACGAGGAGAGUCAUUCUCAUACACAUUCUCAAGCCGAGAAUGAUAGCACUUGCAAAGAGCAUUCCACUGACAGCAAAAAAGGGCUGUUCGCACAAUUGGCGACAAAUCAAGACACAAGAUCCAUAUUUUCUUUCCUCCUUUUGAACACGGCCUUCAUGUUUGUCCAAUUGCUAUAUUCAUUUCGUUCGAAGUCUCUAGGGCUUCUAUCUGACUCUCUGCACAUGGGUUUAGACUGUACGUCACUUUUUCUUGGUUUGGUAGCGGGUGUCCUGUCCAAAAAUCCUCCCACUGCCAAAUUUCCAUUUGCAUUGGGUUAUUUGGAAACUUUAGCAGGUUUUACCAACGGAGUUUUACUGAUUGGUAUCGUGUCAGGUAUAUUUGUCGAGGCCGUAGACCGUAUAUUUAAUCCCACCGUCCUUCGUGAAACAAAUGAGCUUUUGGUGGUAUCUAUUUUAGGUCUUUUGGUGAAUUUAGUGGGUCUCUUUGCCUUUGAUCAUGGCCAUGGCCAUGGCCACGACAACGAAAAUAUGAGAGGAAUCUUCUUGCACAUAUUAGCAGACACUUUAGGUUCUGUCGGUGUCGUGAUUUCGACCCUACUUACCAAGGCCUUUGGGUUACAAAUAUUCGAUCCGAUAGCAUCACUCAUGAUUGCAGUUCUUAUUUUGUUGAGUUCAAUACCACUUAUUAAAUCAACAGCGUCGAGUAUCUUACUAAAGCUAGACGACCGAAAUUACCAUUUGGUCAAAGAUGCACUUAAUCAGAUAUCUACAACUCCUGGCAUCACGGGCUACACAACACCACGCUUUUGGCCUUCAGCUUCCAAAGGAGCGACCGCUCACAGUCAUUCCCAUUCCCAUUCCCAUUCUCAUUCUCAUUCUCAUUCUCAACCACAAUCUCAAGUUCACACUGAGUGUGAAAAAGAACCUGAGAAAAAUGCAAGACUAGUGGGUUACAUACAUAUUCAGUAUAUGGAGGGGGAAAACUCAACCAUAAUCAAGAAGAGAGCAGAAAAGAUUUUCCAGAGCAUGGGUAUUCAGGCCUGGAUUCAGGUUGAACAGAGGGAUUCCACCUGCUGGUGUCGUGGUUCAUCGGAUGUAGUCCAACCCCCCAGGUCAGCACAUUAA